AUGGAAGACUGCGGUGGCAGCCCGAUAUGGGACGUUGACGACCUGUCACAGUGCUUCCAGCGAAAGUAUCUCGGUUUUGUUCUACCUAUAGCUGCCUGUGGCGUCUCGCUGUUUCUCGUCCUUGCUCAUGUCGCCCUUUACCAUAUUGCCGAAUACCGAAGAAAGCAGUACAAGCAGGCCCCGUCUGAUAUCGUGGACGUACACGCCGAUGGAGCCGACGAGGGCGGAUACAGGGACGAUGGAGAUGAAGAGAGCGAUUUGAUGCUCAAUAAAGUCAUCAGUCGCACCGCAGACGUCGUUAUCGAGCCCGACAAGCCACGCGGGAAGAUUGUCCUUAACACGAUCGAGAUACUUGCCUUGGCUGGUCAGGUUGUUACCAAUGGCAUUGCUAUUGCCGCUGUCAUUAAUGACAGCCACGUCCAGACCACUAUAAUCACGCGGUUGGCUUCAUGGAUAUACAUCCUGGCCUUGACCGUUGUGAGACUCGCCUCCUCAGCAUCCCGGUGUCCAUCGUUGCCAGCACUCUGGAAUCAUACUACAAUCCUAUACUCGGUGCAAUGGCUCCUCAUCGUGUUCCCGUUCCGCUCGGUCUUUAUCCACCAGCCACGAAUUAAUACCAUACCUUUCUUUGCAGUAGAUUUUGCACUCUCGUCGAUCCUGUUCCUGAUUGCCAUUACUACCCGCAAAGGCGAAAAGACGAUACUUGUCCAGCAUGAAGACGGCCUAACUCCUCCCAAAGACCAGUUCGCCAGUCUUUUCUCUCUAGCUAGCUUCUCGUGGAUGGACUCCUUCAUUGGACUAGGAUAUAAGAAGUCAUUGGAUAUCAAAGAUGUCUGGAAUCUCAAGCCGGAAUCCCAUGCAACCGUGGUUUUGGCGAGCUUCCGACAGUACAAGAAGGCUUGUACCAUGGCAUGGAACCUCAUAGGGUACUUUGAUCGCGAUCUGCUUAUCCAGGGUCUCUGGGCAAUUCUUGCCAGUCUCUUCACCUUCCUCCCCACCUGGCUUCUCAAGUUCAUCUUGGAGUACGUGGAAAACCCCGACGACACGCCUGGAAGCGCUGCAUGGCUUUACGUUGUUCUCAUGUUCGUGUGUGGAGCUAUCCAAGCAGUAGGAGACGGUCAAUCUCUAUGGCUGGGCAGAGAGCUCAGCGUCAAACUUCGAGCAAUUAUCGUCGGCGAGCUAUAUGCCAAAGCGCUCAGACGCAAAGCUGGUGCAUUCGUCGGUAGCGCCACCAAGGACGAGGAUGAAGACAAGGACAAAGCGAAGACCUCUAAGAAAAGCAAGGGCAAGGGUGAAGAUGCUGGUAAAAAGAAGGAAUCUGAUGGACAGGCCAACUUGGGAAAGAUUAUCAAUUUGAUGGCUAUCGACUCGUUCAAAGUCAGCGAAAUCUGCGCAUAUCUACAUUUCCUUUGGGCCAGUGUUCCCACCCAGCUUGUCGUCGCCGUGUACUUCCUCUACCAGGUCAUGGGUGUCAGCUCUCUGGCUGGAGUUGCAAUGACUAUCCUAAUCUCGCCAUUAAACGUUUACAUCGCCAGCAGAUUCCGAGCUGUCCAGUACAAGAUCCUUGCGGCUACCGAUGCUCGUAUCCAUGCCACGAACGAAGUAUUACAGAAUAUCCGAAUCAUCAAAUACUUUGCCUGGGAACAUCGCUUUGAGAGUAUUAUCGAUGAAAAGAGACAGAUCGAACUGCGACAUAUUCGUGCACGUUAUUUGCUCUGGGCUUGGGCUGUGACUCUUUUCUACGGUACACCGCUUCUCACAACGCUCUGCACUUUCUACAUCUUUACAACCGUCGAGAACAAGAAGUUGAUCCCGUCUAUCGCAUUCCCUGCCUUGUCUAUGUUUUCCUUACUCCGCGUCCCGCUAGAUAGGCUAGCAGACAUGGCAGCGCACGUCCUCGAAGCCAAGGUAUCCAUUGACCGUGUUGAAGAAUUCUUGAGCGAGGAAGAAACAGAAAAAUACCAACAAUUGAAAGAAUGCAGUACCCAGGCUGAACCGAAAAUCUGUUUGGAGAAUGCUACUUUGUCAUGGGGCUCUGGCAAGGCGGAACCUAGCAGUGUCUUGAGCAGCACUGCUCCAGCUUUCCGCCUGAUCGAUGUCAACGUUAACUUCCAGCUUGGAAAAUUGAAUAUCAUCGCUGGUCCCACUGGAUCUGGAAAAACGUCCUUACUGAUGGCUCUGUUGGGAGAGAUGAGCUUGGUCAAGGGUUCUGUGUCUUUGCCUGGAGGGACCAGCGAUCGAGCUGACCUUCACCCUGACCCGAUGACUUCAUUAACAGAAAGCGUUGCAUACUGUGCCCAGGAAGCCUGGCUUGUGAACAACACAAUUAAAGAGAACAUUAUCUUCGCGUCAUCCUAUAAUGAAAACCGAUAUGAAGCCGUUAUCAAGGCUUGCUCGUUGGAACGUGAUCUCGAAAUCUUGGAUGCUGGAGACCAGACCCUCGUUGGUGAGAAGGGUAUUAGUCUUUCAGGAGGGCAGAAGCAGCGAAUAUCACUCGCUCGCGCAAUGUAUAGUAGCGCUCGCCAUUUGCUUCUUGAUGACUGUCUCAGCGCUGUUGACUCGCACACAGCCAAGCACAUCUUCAACAACGCCGUGCUUGGUCCGCUAAUGAUGAACCGAACAUGUAUCCUGGUCACCCACAACGUUUCACUUGUCUUACCACAAGCCGAAUAUGCAGUCAUACUCAAGAACGGACGUGUUACGGCGCAAGGCUCACCCAAGGAUCUGAUAGACGCUGGAGCUAUCGAAGAUGAUAUCCUCCAAUCGGGAGCUAACUCACGCGGUGUUUCUCAACUUGCCUCUCGUGUACCUUCUAACCUCGAAGAAGUUGUCGAUGCCCAGGCAAAGAAUGCUGCGACUACCGCAACGAAUGGAGGCGUAAAGCCACUGAAGAAGAAGAAAGCUACCGCUGCUUCACCACCCUCUAACGAGGAAGUGAAGGUUACCGGAAGUGUUGCUAUGUCGACUAUCUACAUGUACCUCCGAGCCAUGGGACCAUGGUAUUUCUGGGUAUUAGCAAUGUUUUUCUUUUUCGUCCAUCAGCUAGCAUCUUUGGCACCGAAUGUUUGGAUCAGAGAGUGGGCAAAUGCCUAUGAAAUCAGGAAUAGCACUCAAAGCACAAUGGCUACUGGCUUCGAUAUUCCGAGCAUCAAGUUUGCAAAUACCGCUGCCAUGUCUCUCAUCUCCCAAGCUCCCAAGGACCCUCAACUCUCUACUAGCAGUAGGAAGUAUGCCGACAUUGACGAAUCAUACUACCUUUGGAUAUAUCUCGUGCUCGCCGUUGCAUACGUCAUUAUCACUUUCUUCAGAGAGUGGAUAUUCUUUUUGGGUUCUAUUCACGCAUCAAAAAAAACUCAUGGAUGGCUACUGCGAUCUGUGAUGCACGCGAAGUUCAAAUUCUUUGACUCCACUCCUCUGGGUCGGAUUAUGAAUCGAUUCUCCAAGGAUAUUCAGUCCAUAGAUCAAGAUGUUGCAGCCACCGCUAUCGGUGUAAUACACUGUGCCGCCGCAAUAGCUAUGAUCGUCAUCCUAAUCUCCAUUAUCACGCCCAAGUUCUUGAUCGCCGGUUUCUUUAUCACGAUAAUGUACAUUGCUCUCGGUGCUUUCUAUAUAAAUACCUCGCGUGAUCUCAAGCGACUGGAGUCUAUCCAGCGAAGUCCUCUAUACCAGCAAUUCGGUGAAACCUUGAAUGGUGUUGUGACGAUCCGAGCCUACGGCGAUGGUGCACGCUUCAUCCUGGACAACCAUGGUCUAAUCAAUACCUAUAACCGGCCUUACAUCUACCUUUGGGCCGCGAACCGUUGGCUUGCGUUCAGAAUUGACAUUAUUGGUGCAUUCGUGUCAUUUUUCGCGGCGACAUUCCUCAUCCUAAGUGCUAGGACUGUCGAUGCCGGAGCAGCUGGUUUAGCAAUGACGUACGCCAUUACCUUCUCUGAAAAUAUUCUUUGGUUGGUCCGACUUUAUUCGGAAAAUGAACAAAACAUGAAUUCAGUUGAGCGUGUGGAGGAGUACAUGAAGGUGGAGCAAGAGGCACCCGCACUCAUUCCCGAGGCAAAACCGGCUGGGAUCUGGCCAAGUAGGGGUGCCGUCAAGUUCGUUGAUUAUUCCACCAGAUAUCGCUCUGACCUAGAUCGAGUACUGAAGGGUGUGAGCUUUGAAAUCCAACCGGGUGAACGUGUCGGUAUUGUCGGCAGAACCGGUGCAGGGAAAAGUUCCCUAGCAUUGGCUCUAUUCCGAGGCCUCGAAGCGGAAGGUGGAAAAAUUUUAAUCGAUGAUGUUGAUAUUGGAUUGAUUGGCCUUCAAGAUCUUAGACAAAAUAUCACUAUUGUGCCACAAGAUCCUACCCUUUUCACAGGCACGAUUCGAACUAACUUGGAUCCAUUCGGUCUGUUCACUGACGAAGAGAUCUUUACUGCUCUACGUCAAGUUCAUCUCAUCGGUCCAGCCAUGACUGGCCCAGAAGAAACAGAACACACCUCCAAUACGGCUCUCGAGCAACACUCAGAAUCGGCUCCACUAUUGCUUGAAGAUGAUACCACACAGGAUUCCAACACCCUUAUCGGAACCGCGAAUGGCAGCACCACUGACACUGAUCCUGGCGCCGCACAUCUGCAAGAAAACAAAAACAUUUUCUUGAACCUCGAGUCAGCCAUUACUGAAUCUGGAUCCAACCUCUCUCAAGGCCAACGACAACUCCUCUGCCUAGCCAGAGCUCUACUCAAAUCUCCAAAGGUUCUACUAAUGGAUGAAGCAACUGCCUCGAUUGAUUAUGCUACUGAUUCCAAGAUCCAAGACACCCUUCGCGAGUUAAGAGGUAACAAUACCAUCCUAACUAUCGCACAUCGCCUGCAAACAAUCAUCGAUUACGAUAGAGUCCUUGUUCUUGACCAUGGAGAGGUGAUGGAGUAUGAUGGUCCAUGGCAACUAAUCAACAAAGAAGGAGGUAUCUUCAGAAGUAUGUGUGAGAACAGCGGUAAUAUGGAAGCGUUGCUAGAAGCAGCGAAGAAGGCCUGGGAACAACACAGAUUAGUGGAUGAUUCUUGA